GCCCGAAACAACAAUAUUCUAGAAAGCAUGGAAGAUUCUUUGGAAUCACUCACACACACUCCAAGCACCCUUCAGCCAAUCAUAUCUCAUAAUCAUCCGAACAAGGAUAGAGAGUCUAGCCCAUCUCUGCUUACACAAGCACGAUUUCGUCAUUUGUCGCCUGGAUUACAAGGCAUGAUUCACAAUUACCCCUCUUAGAAAGCAAUCGGCAUUAGAAAGCAUCGUUUCUCUAAACCAAUCUACACGUCUUCCGCAAACUUCCCACCUUCUCUUCCUGUCAGCCUCAACAACCCUUCCAAAACAUACAAAUACUCUUCAGAUCUCUGCAAGAGUUUUCAUAUGUCAUUCUUCACUCGAUCUCUUCAACGAUUACCAAAACCAAACAAUCGCGUCGUCUUUCAAUCUAUCAACAAAAGAGCUUUUCAUCAAUCUAUCGCAAAUAUGGGUGUUCACAAUAUUGCCAAUGCAACUGACUUCAAGUCUGCUCUUACCGACAACAAAGUCGUAGUUCUCGACGCCUUUGCAACAUGGUGUGGCCCUUGCAAAGCCAUCGCUCCUAAAGUUUCUCAACUCUCGGAAGCCUACCCCGCCGCCCACUUCAUUAAAAUCGAUGUCGAUGAAUUGCCAGAGGUAGCACAAGAGCUUGGUAUUAGAGCCAUGCCUACCUUUGUGAUCUUCAAGGGAGAGGAAAAGUUCGCAGAGGUUGUAGGUGCCAAUCCUGCAGCGUUGGAAGACGCUAUCAGUAAGGCUGUGGAGGAGUUGUAGGGGGCGUUUUUGAUGAUUGAGGAGUAAGGGAAUGGUGAUAGAGGUUUCAAAGGAAGAUUAUACACAUGAAUAGAGCCGAGUGACCAAGGAGAAGAGACCGUAUGGGUUAUUUGGGAUUUGGUCCGUGGAGGUUAGGAAAUGAACGCAUGAAAUGAUAGUUUCGAAAUACGUGAUUUUGGUUUAUGAUUC